AUGCUUGCAACAACGGUGAAGAGUUGGUUGUUCAACUGCACGAUGAUUGAGAGUUGGCAAAUAGAACGCCAUGAUGCAGUGAUGGAACGAGGGGGACGAGACUGGUGGGAUGUGGUCGGUUCGGAUGGGAAGAAAAUCCGGGUUGAAAGGGUUGAGUUCCCCUAUGACCUCGGCAUUUACGCUAAUAUGUCCCAGGCAAUGGGAACAGCAAACUUCUUGCUGUGGCUUUUGCCUUUCUCGGGUAACCCGAAGGUAUGCAAGGAUAAAUCUAGCCUCGGGUGGUCUUGGGAGGAAAACGGGUUCAAUCGAAAGGAGGGCAUGUGGCCCCCUCCUGACCCCGAAAAGAUUCGACGUGAAAACAGAGAGUGGCCCGCGGCACGCAGAAAUUAUGAAGCUGAACUGAAGGAUAUGGGACUCAUGUCCCCGGAAGAGCAAAAACUGGCCUUCCGAGAGCGCCAAUCACAGGAUUUCGAGAGAAGAAAGCACCUGUUGGCAGAACUGGAAGAGGUUGACGACCACGGCAAUCUGAACGAUGAUAGCGAUAUAAAUGGCUCUGAUGGAGAACAUAUUUGGGAGAAUAAUGAUGGUGAGAGGUUGGGAGACUACGGUGUUGAUGAGGAUACGGACGGUGACGCCGCCUUCACCACAUACGAUGAGGAUGUCCCACUUGCCGAGCUCCUUCGCCGGAGAAGAGUCUUGCGCAUUGACGACGUAGGCUAA